AUGUCGGCGACAGUUGCUUGGGAUAUAAACGGCCCUAAAGAUCAUCCGCAGAUAGGCAAAGCGCAAGUACAAGCUCCACAGCCAGCAGCGACUAUUUCUGUCGGUGAGCCUUCUUUCAACAAAGGAAGACAAGUGCAAGUGGUUAUUGAAGAGGAAAAGACGGGAGAAGGAGAAGAAGUGGAUAAUGAAAUCUCCCGUCAAAUGAAGCAGGCGUCUCAGGAAGAAGAGAUGCAAGCAAUCAUCGUCUCUGAAAAGCAAGAGCUAGCUGCCUUAGAAGCGAGGAAAUUUAAGAAAGGAAAGCUCUCAAGAAAAGAUCAGGAGCGAAUGGAUACUCUUCGAAGUCGUGCUGCGAGGCGAAAAGAGCAACAGGCCAUCAGUGGAAUCGGGGGCCAAGCAGUCAUCGAGUCGGCCGUUGCCAUACAACCUGAACCGACUCUUGCCAUAAGUGUUCCACCGAACGCUACUAUAAGAACUGAAUCCACCGCUGCCAUAAGACUCGAAGAAGACUGCCCUGCACUGGCAACUACUUUUUCUAUCGUUUCAGAAAUUGUCGUCAACGGCGUGAACACCAUGGCUCCGAAUAGCAUGAUUAAAUCGCUGGAAUAUCAUCCGAAGGCAGGCAGAUAUUUCAUGAUUCGAACAAGAACGGAGCCACACUAUAUCUUAACGGUUGAAAACGGAGAGUUGAGACUCCUAGAGAAGCCUACUCUAGGGGGUGGCUCCUUUUGGCACUGCGUCAAAAGAAGCGGUUGGCACACCUUUUGCAAUAGUGUCACGGGCACAAAUCUCCAUCACGACGGUCAGGGUAAAAUCUCGAUCCAACGCGCUCACAAUUUUUUCCAGAAUAUGGACGGGUAUUUCACGACAGAGAGGCACGAGGAUGGUGGUUACAUCCUGCUGAUGAAGCACGGCGACGAGUUGUCCCAGGUUGCCAUAUCGGGAGAUGGAAAAUGCUUGAUUGAGCAGAAAGAAGAUGGUACAGCAUGGGACUUUAUUGAAGCCAGAUAUGUUUCUUCUUCCAUGAUUCUCACGUAUUCCAACAUAUGA